AUGACCGCCGAAACCGCCGCCUGCUACCUGCGGUUGGAAGCCACCGUCUUGAGCGGCUUGCCACUGGCAGAUGUUGCAGAAGUAGAUGUGUUUGCUGCCCAGCGGGAUGAGGGGGAUCCAGCAGAGUUCGAACCAUCGUUUGGAUUUCGCCUGGACGACUUGGGCGUUUUGGCAUCGUGGACAGACGCGUGCGGAUCCAUCGCCUUCCUGUUUGAUCUUGGUCGGGCAGCCGAAGAUGACUGGGAUGAAGAAGCAGAAGUCCUGUGCGCGUUUUGA